CUGGCUCUACAAAAAUAAAUAAAUAAGGAAGCAGUGAAUUCCAAUGUAUUCAUCGCCAACUAACCAGGUUGUUGGGUGUGCGCUCCUCUUUUAGGUGCAAUGUGCAAUGAGGUCGGAACUUUAUUAUUUGAAUAUUUGAAAAUACCUGAAUCCAAGAGGUCGAGCCACUUGGCCAAAAACGCCCAGGAGGAAAAGGCCAAGUCUAGUACCCCGGCUCUAGACCUACUAACUGAUCGCCGGAGACCCCGGCCCUUGGAAUAAGUCGCCUCCCCAGAUCUCUAAGCCGGCCGCGCGACCCUCGAGUCUCAGGUAAGCGGGAAAUCCCAUCUCACAGGGAAGCCCCCGCUCCGAGGCACGGGCGCAUGCGCGGGUCGGCCACCCGCUGGAGCCGCGGGUGCGCCGCUCUGGCCCGCGUGGCGCAGUCGUCCGCGUCUCGCUGAUGAUGACGCACGUCCGGGGCGGUGGGGAAGGCAAGAUGGCGGCGCCCAUGGAGGUGGCCGUGUGUACGGAUUCGGCAGCCCCGAUGUGGAGCUGCAUCGUGUGGGAACUGCACUCGGGCGCCAACCUGCUCACCUACCGCGGCGGCCAGGCGGGACCCCACGGACUGGCGCUGCUCAAUGGCGAGUAUCUGCUGGCGGCGCAGCUGGGCAAGAACUACAUCAGCGCCUGGGAGCUGCAGCGGAAGGACCAGCUUCAGCAGAAGAUCAUGUGCCCUGGGCCUGUCACCUGUCUGACCGCGUCACCCAACGGUCUCUACGUCCUGGCAGGAGUUGCAGAAAGCAUCCACUUGUGGGAGGUCUCCACCGGGAACCUUCUGGUCAUCCUGAGUCGACAUUACCAGGACGUCUCUUGCCUGCAGUUCACAGGGGACAGCAGCCACUUCAUCUCAGGGGGCAAGGACUGCCUGGUACUGGCUUGGAGCCUCUGCAGCGUGCUGCAGGCCGACCCCUCCAGGAUCCCGGCGCCCCGGCACGUCUGGUCUCACCACACGCUCCCCAUCACGGACCUGCACUGCGGCUUUGGGGGCCCCCUGGCCCGGGUGGCCACCUCCUCACUGGACCAGACGGUGAAGCUGUGGGAGGUCUCCUCGGGGGAUCUGCUCCUCUCCGUCCUCUUUGAUGUGUCCAUCAUGGCGGUGACCAUGGACCUGGCUGAGCAUCACAUGUUCUGCGGCGGCAGCGAGGGCUCCAUCUUCCAGGUCGAUCUCUUCACCUGGCCCGGACAGAGGGAGAGGAACUUCCAGCCAGAGCAGGACGCCGGGAAGGUCUUCAAAGGGCACAGGAACCAGGUGACCUGCCUGUCGGUGUCUACUGACGGCAGCGUGCUGCUCUCGGGCUCCCACGACGAGACCGUGCGCCUCUGGGAUGUGCAGAGCAAGCAGUGCAUCCGGACGUUGGCCCUCAAAGGCCCAGUCACCAACGCCACCAUCCUACUGGCGCCCGUCAGCAUGCUGAGCUCAGACUUCAGGCCCAGCCUGCCGCUGCCCCACUUCAACAAGCACCUGCUGGGCGCUGAGCACGGGGACGAGCCGCGCCACGGGGGCCUCACCCUGCGCCUGGGCCUCCACCAGCAGGUACGGCCCCCAGCAGGGAACCCCCACUGCCCUUUGGUCUCGGAAGACCCCGCAGGCCCUGGGCUCCGCUCCCUCAGUCCUGGCACCCGUGCGGCGGUUCCCCCCAAGCCCAUCACUGGAGGGCACAUCCUGUGA